UGCCUCCUCUGCCGCCGAUGCCGCAGGAGGACAAGCCUCCCUUCUUCGCGCGCGUGACCGACUUUUGCUCCUCCGGCCUGAGCUUCGACAAGCGGGCCUGGGGCCCGCGACUGGAGGGCAAGGACAUCAAGGUCGAUGUCUACGAGAAGAUGGGAAUGGUGAAGUCAGCGCCUGUGAAGAGCAUUACUGACCCGUAUGCGCCGGGCAGCAAGUGGGAACCCGCUGUGACAACGUCAUAUGAGCUCUGUCUCAACUUGGAGUAUGAGAUUUUAGAGAACAUGGUUUGA